AUGUCAUCAUCCUCAUCAGAUAGAGCAUUUGGUACGAUGUCACCAAGUCGUUAUGCAUCUAUUCGAAUCAAUGAACGUGAUGGUAUUACUGGAAGUGAUGGUAGCAUUUCUUCUCAUCAUUCCCCUAAACAUGAGGAUUAUAAAACUUCUCACGAUCUUCCAUCACAUUCUACACUUUCAAAAGAUAAGGAAUUAGAAUGCACUGAUUUGAAUACUGAUUGCACUCAACAAACUUGCAAAAACUAUCCAUUUACUGCUAAAACACGUUGCGCUAAAACUUGCGGAUUCUGUCGUAAACAAGCAACUGAUAGCAGCAGUACAACAACAUACACUGGAAGUCGACAUUCAUCGUUCACUACUGAUAAACAAAAAAGCAAAACUUCUUCCGAAUUUGAUCGAAGUGAUAGCUCAUGGCGAGGAAAGAAACCAACGAUAAGUAAUGAAGAUUGCAAAGAUGAAGAAUCUCAUUGUUCGGAACAUUCCUGCUUAGAUUAUCCACAUCAUGCUCGUACAAAAUGUGCCAAAACUUGUGGUUUUUGUGGUUCCAUAAUUGAUCUUAAACCUCCUACUGUAGAUAGUUCCGAUAAAGGUAGUGUAAUUACUCUUGAUGAUGAUAAUAUCGGAAGUAGCUCUAUACGAUCGACAGCAACAACAAGACAUCGUUGGGAUUCCGGAAUUGAUAUUGUUACAUCAACACAAAAAUCACGGCAUUCAUCCAUUAGCAGUAGAACUGAUUCAAUUCGUAAACCUUCUUCGGCAACAGCACAUAUACAGCAACCAACGUAUAAACCAUCUCUGGGAGAUCUGAGAAGAUAUCCCGGUAGAACAGGCCCAUGUGCUGAUGAAAAUCACUAUUGCGAAAAGGGAGAUUGCCACAGAUAUCCAAGAUUUGCUCAAAGAUAUUGUGAAAAAACUUGCAAUUAUUGUUAAACAACCAAUGGAUAGUUACACUUCAUUUCUGGAUUUAUGUAUGAAGGACAAAAAAAUUCUGGAAAAUAUUUCGUCACAUUGCAAAUUAUUCGUAAAGUGAAAAUAUUGAUUACAUGUAUGAUUAUGUACAUAAAAUUGCGAAAAUUGAUACAUUAAAAAGCGAACUUAAUAUCUUAAAGCAGUGGAUAUCCAUAAAUUACAGGAGAUGACAGUCAACAAGAAAAUAUAUCACCUUCUAUGGCAAAAGAAAGAAGAAAGAGGUACUAUUAGGAAUAAAUGAAAUCAAAAUAAUGAAUUGAAAAGCGAACUAAAAGCUUUUCAAUUUAUCUGUGGGUAAAUAAUUUUAGCAUUAACUCUGGUUAUGGUAAUCAUAUGACUAAAAUAAAACACGAACAUAUUCCCGUUAUUUAAUCAGAUUAACUA